AGCUGGUUCUCGAAUCGGUUGUAUCUGUCGGCAUCGUUCAAGCAUAGCCUCCUGCAGGUUCCAGCACGAUGAAGGGAUUCCCAAGCAAGUCUGAAGAGCUCAAAGAGAAGGGCAAUCAGUGCCUUAAGGAAGAGAAGUUUGCAGAGGCCAUCUUGCACUACACAGAGGCCAUCUCAAAUGAUCAAGAAAACAGCAUUCUCUACAGCAAUCGCUCAAUGGCCUUUCUGAAAAUGGACCAGUUUUACUUGGCUUACGAAGACGCCAAAGAAACCAUCCGACUCAGCCCAGAAUGGGCUAAGGGUUAUUACCGCAAGGCAGAAGUGGAGUUUAAGGCCGAGCACUACGAAGAAGCGAUGGAGUCUUUUCGCAAAUCAUUGCAGUUCGGAGCUGAUGAACCCAAGGUAUUGGACCAGUUGAGGAAGGCAAAGCGGGAGUUGGAAAAGCAGAUCAGAGUGGACAAUCAAAUUCCCUGGAUGGGAGCUGCAACAGGCUUUGUUCUAGGUGUGCUUCUUGUUGUCUUUGAUGUCGGCAUCCGAGAACAACCCUUUCUUGUGAAUCCCCUGUGGAUGACACUUGUCGUAAUGGGGGCAUCAAUGGUCUGCUACGCUCUUGCCCGCUUUCACAAGCACACACUGCAGAGUCAACGAAAAAGCCUGUUGGAACCACCACCAGACAUCUUUGGAAUGAUCUCGGAGAAGGAGGAAAAGAAGGCACCAAGUGGCUCUGGUGAUGCUCCACAAGACGAGACCAAGUCAAAAACAAGCUGAGCUGUUAUACAAGUGACAGUGGCGAUGCCUCGAGUGCCAUGAAAACUUGUAUGCUGCUUUUUUUUUUUACUAAAAAUUCCUGGAGUGUGUCUUCGGGGCACAUUGAAAUCAUUCCUAGUCACUUGAAAGCUCUCAGACUGGAACAUGGAACAAAGGUGUUGGGACUGGUAUGUUUAUGGGAUUGUCAUCUUUCAUUGUUGUCUUUCAUUGUGUCUUGACGUGCGCAAUCGCAAUGCUCACUUCCUUCCUCCUCCUCCUGUUUUCUCUUGACCCCUCUGUGCAAGUUGGAGAGCCUGUGUGCACAUAUGGCACCUCCCAACCUUCACCACUACCUUCUUAUUCUUUCUCUCUCACUGUUUUAUGGUAUACUGUGUUUUGGAAGGAUUUUUUAUAUGGUUGACUGUCUUUGAAAAUUGUAGUUCUUGUUGAUGCUGUAACAUGUAAAGCAACUUAUUUUGUUACACUGCCAUACUUGUUGCAACUUAUCUCAUUAACUCACUUUAAUUUACAUUUCUUUUUGUUUGCACCAAAGUUUCUUUUUUGACUCUAGUCAUACUGUUUUGACAGCUAUGCUUCAAAAUCUGUCCAGGAAUCGUUAGGCCUUAUUUUAAUGUCACACAGAUUAGUUGCCUGACGAUUAAAGCAAGGGAAAUCAUAUGUUGGUUUAUGGUGUUUGAACAUUCCAAAUGACUAAGGCUACAAAAGAGGCCGCAGUGGAGGGCUCCAGAUAAUUUUGACCAACUGGAGUUCUUUAACGUGUGCAGAAAUCACACAUUACGUAGGACUCCUGCAUUUUGCCACCAUCACAAUGAGACUGCCGUUACCGGGAACGAUCCCAUGUUUUUCUGGUCCCCGGCCAUGUACCGCAUGUACCAUAAGCACUGGGCCACCGUGCUAUCUCGGUUGUGGCAGCUGUGUACAGCAACACACAAGUUGUGACUGGCAUUUCUUUCUGCCAACAAGCACUGUGGCAGUCGAUGGGCAUACAGCUAUUUUUAUGUAUAUAUAACUAUAGGAUCAUAGCACUUGUGUAAUGUAACAAGAAGAAACUGGGACAGGUAGCACAUUAUCCUUGUCAUUUUUUCUUUUCUUCGCUGUGUGAGCACUAUGAUCACAUAUACUGUAUCUGUACUCCAUUUCACAAGUUGGUUGGAGCACUGCAGAGACUAAGGAGCUACUUAGCCAGUAGGAAAAGAGAAAAUUCUUCACAAUAUAUUCAUCUAUGCCACAUUAUCUGCUGACAUCCCCAUAACAUUUUCGCCACCCUUCCCCUUCCUCUGAAGGAGGAGAGUGGCAAGGCCGUGCCAAGGCAUCGGCACCCACUGCCUUUGAUUUUUCAAUCUUUACAGACUUACUGAACCUCCUCUCACAGUAAGGGCUUUUUUUGUUAAAUAUAAAAUUGAAAUUUUCUGAUACAACUCAAACGAUUGUUCAGCUGUGCCAAGGCACUUAAUGCUAACAUACCAACUUUUCAUUUUAAUGUGCAUCCUUGCUAGUACUGUCAAGUUGUGCAUGAAGAAAGAACAAAAAAAAAAAACCACUGAUGCAGCUAACGGCUUGGUCUCACCAUAUGCUUGCCACUAGUACUUGUGCAGCUAGCUUUACCUCAUCACAUUAAAUUGGCUCACCAAACAGUGUAAGGCAUUUUAAGCACUUUGAAGGAAACAAAAUAUCUAUGAAAGAGGAACAGACAGUGAAGCGGGCAAUAGCUCUCCCCACUGCAAUAUCCUCCUCUCUCUUAGCUUUUAUGUUUCUUUCAUUGUGCUGUCAUGCCUUAUGUGCUCUAUAACCUACUUACCCAACUGGAAGUCUUACGAGGUGGCCUGGCGCAGAUUACACAGGCAAGACUCAGUUCACAUGCAGGAAUGGGUGUGCAAGAUUAUGGAGUCCUGGUGUAUACAAACCGUUGAAUUCACGAUUGUAAACCUCGCAGUCAUUCCACCACCUUCCUAUGCAUUGAGAAGGCUGUGUUGCUGAUGUUGAAUUAAUAAAAAUUACAACAGUUCUUUGAAAAUAAUUAAAAGCCAUAAUAGGCAAUUUUAAUUUAGAAAUGUGUUUAAGACUGUUGUUCUCUGGCAAGGCACUGAGUGUUUUUGCACUUGGCAAUGGUUUCACACUAUUGUGCCAGAAAACUUAAUUUUGUGUGGAGAGCGUCCUCUGUUCUAACAAGCCAUUACAGCCAGUUAUUACAUUUCUGUACAUCUGAACUGUGACACCAGUUCAGGUGUACAUAAAAAGUUCAGAACACCAGAAAAAGAUUGACUGGGAUCUCCUUUCUAAGUACGUUGUUUAGUAUCUAAGCGCACAAAAUUUGAAAACAUUGUGCCAUUUAAAAGAAAACUUUUGAAUUUAGUUUUUCUAGAGGAGGAAUCUUUACUUAGACAAUGAAUUUUCAAUAAAAAACUGAAAUUUGCAAAAUAUAUAGAUUUUGCUCAUUCUUCUAGUGCCCAUAACUUCACAGAACAUCUAACACUUCAUAAAUAUCACUAAAUAAACCUUUCAUGUUAUUAUUGUUUA